AUGGCAGAGAAUAAACGCCAGAGCGUCGGAGUCAAACCGCCCACACAGGGAUCUGCCAACCCAUCGGCGAACGACAUGGCCGCAACCAUGGUGCCCUUGGAGGCUGCUCUGAGCGGCGCGAUCGGUGCCCGUGUCCGGGUCACGACCGCAUCGCCCACCGUGUCCACCCUCGAAGGGACGCUCUUCACAGCGUGUCCGAUAACCAACCUCGUCGCGAUCAACGUCUCCCCCGCCUCCCCCACCGCAGACGCCAAGCAAGCCCAGAGCGGUGACUAUCACGUCGUCCCCGUCUCGCGUAUCCAGUCCUUCCAGAUCCUGUCUCUCCCCCAAUCCAACUCCUCCGAGUCAUCCUCCUUCACCGACGCCCAGCCCACCAUCCAGGCCCUCGAUCCCCGUGCCCUGAAGGCCCGCGAGGCCAAGGCCAUUGGCGAAGCGCACGACCGCGAGGCCCGUCGCGGCAAGGGCGUCACCCGCGAAGCGCAGGAUAUCUUCGAUGCUUUCAGCCGUACCAUGCCUGCGCGCUGGAAUGCGUCGGAUAUCAUCGUCGCUGAUGCUGUCACUAUUUCCUCACCCUACCGUGUCGAUGAUUGCCGGCCCUUGGUGGAGGGUGAUACUGCGGCGCUGGCCCGCGUGCGCAAGGUGCUUGAAAUGGAGCGCAAAAAGAUUGAACUCCGCAAUGCGAGCGCUGCCAUUGGCUCCACCGGUGCCUUCACCCGCAACGCUGGCUCGGCCCAGAAUGCCGCUGCUACCGGUGUUGUAUCGGGCGACCAGCGCAAAGGCGGAUAG